CCCUCCUUUUGCUUCCCAUCGUCUUCGUCUCUUGCUUUUUCAUUUCUACGCUUUCUUUUAAUUGCAGUCCAGCAACAUCUUCAACCGCCACUGCAAAUUUCUUCAUUCUCUUCCCGUCGAACCAGCUCCUUCGACACAACUUCCCGCCCGCUCCAUUGGAGUUUGAGCCGCACGGCCGCAGGACCUGCAUUCCAGAGCGCCCGAACUGGCCUAAGCAAGUGAUCCGAAAAGGUCGCAGCUUCUGAAACAGCAUCGGGCUUAAGUUACAAGGCUUGCGAGACGUGCACCGCAUUGUUCGCAUUGUUGUGGCUGGCCUGUCGACCGUCAGCAGCUGACAUUGUCACAACGGCAACAUCUACCUUUUUCUUCUCUGCAACACACCACCCCCGCGCAGCGUGCUCGACAAGAUGACUCUUAAAGUGGCUCCUAUUGUCGAGUGGCCUUCGUCCACCAACGGUCGCAGUGCCGCUGACUUUAUCCCACCACAGCACGACAUCGCUGUGACUGCAUCCCCUCAUGAUCAGCGCACACGAAGCCUCAGUCUCUCCCUACCAUGGCGACGACCGAGAUUGUCCAUCUUCGGCCAUGAAGACCACCGAAACCUACACAACGGCUCUGAAGAGCAUGCUAUUGACGAUACAUUCGAAUCUCGCGAUCGAUCUGGCCACGACGGCCUUCCUGGCUCGACAACCAUCAAACACAUGAUUCGUCGAGCCUCAUACUCCCUGAAAGGCAUCGUCGGCCGCCGGUCUUCGAUCACUGUUGAUAACACGAUCCACGAGCAGGAUCUUAUGGAAUCGCGACCUACCACAUCCAGCGGUCCUUGGUCCAGGUUACGACAGGCGGCAAACUUUCGUCCCUCGCGCUCCUUCUACGGACUAGAUCUUAGCCAGCCUGGCCCUUCCCAUUACAAUCCCGACCACUAUACCGAUAUUCCUCUGCCCGCCAUGGGGGAUGAGCCGCCUUAUAUUCCUUCGCAUACCGGCGCAGCGGCCAAGGCAUCCGUCGCUUUACAAAAGUCGUGGAUGUACCGAACCACUAGUGAAGACCAAAACGACCGUGAGAGCGGCAUCGGUAUCGCCGUUCCUGGUGCAUAUGCCGAUGAAGACGACGACUGCGAACCCAUCAGCAGAAUCGAUUUCGUCAACGCUCUUCCUACCGAACUUGCUAUUCACGUUCUAGCUCAGCUUGAUGCGGAAGCCCUCGCCAUGGCCAGCGCUGUCUGCAAGAGCUGGGCCAAGGUUAUUGAAAACCAGCACAUUUGGCGCGAAUCCUGCCUCCGAGAAACUGGUGCUACAUACGCUACAAGCGGAGCUGUACAGCCCAACGUUGGACUGGGAGUUCCUCCCAUCACACCGAAUAAUGACUGGAAGCACAUCUACAGAAUGAAGCAGGACCUUACCCAGCGAUGGAAGGACGGCAGAGCCCGCCCUACAUAUCUCAAUGGUCACACAGACAGUAUUUACUGCUUGCAAUUUGACGAAUUCAAGAUUAUCUCCGGCUCCCGCGACAAGACGAUUCGAGUGUGGGACAUGCACACCUUUGAGUGUAAGAUGGUUAUCGGCGCACCUGAAAUUGUCAACGCACCCAACGUUAUGAUUGGUGAAGAUGGCGAGGCGGCUCACUUUGCAGCCGGUGCAGAUAAUGAGCGCCAGGGUUCUUCGACGCCUGUCACAGUUUCUUUUGAUGAGCACCAUAACGCUUCUAUCCUCUGCCUCCAAUACGACGAUGAGAUUCUCGUUACAGGCUCGUCCGACUCGACUGCCAUUGUCUACGACAUCAAGCAGGGCUACAAGCCCAUCCUCCGCCUGCACAACCACACAGCAGCUGUUCUUGACCUUGUUUUUGACAAGAAGCACAUUGUCACAUGUAGCAAAGACGCUACCAUUUGCGUGUGGGAUCGCGAGACGGGUACUCUGCUGCGCCAACUCCGCGGCCAUGCAGGCCCUGUCAACGCGGUGCAGAUGCGAGGUAACACCAUUGUUUCCUGCUCAGGCGACUUCCGAGUCAAGCUCUGGAACAUUGACACGGGCAAGAAUAUUCGCGAGUUUGCCGGCCACACCAAGGGCCUAGCAUGCUCUCAGUUCACUGAGGAUGGCCGCUUUGUCGCAUCGGCUGGCAACGAUAAGGUCAUCCGCAUCUGGGACGCCAACACGGGUGAAUGUUUGCGCGAGAUGCGCGCCCACGAAAACCUCGUCCGUAGUCUGCACAUUGAUUCUGUCUCGGGCCGUCUGAUUAGCGGUAGUUACGAUACCGACAUCAAAGUAUGGGACAUGGAGACAGGCCAGCAGCUGCUCGACUUCCCCAAGUGGCAUGCCAGCUGGGUUCUCAGUGCAAAGAGCGAUUACAGACGCAUCGUCAGUACAGGACAAGAUCCCAAGAUCCUAGUCAUGGACUUUGGCGCCGAUAUCGAUGGCAUUGAGCAGCUUGAGAGCCGUAAUGUCGACGAUCUCUAAGCGGCCCUCGAGAUAAAGUCGAUGAACAUAUGAAAAGUUGUUAUUUAACCUCUUCUACAAACGAAGAGUGCAUAAGUGAGCGUUGGAGUUGGCGUUUUUUAUUUUUGCAUUUUGUUGGUAUUGCAUAUAUAGUAGAGAGUACAUGUGAAGAACCAGGUGCUGGUUUUGUAGCGCUCGUAUCGUUUGGCGCUGUUUUGUUGUUCAUUGUCGCAUAUAGACGGGCAGGCAUUGGUUGGUUCUACGUAUUCGGC